GGCGGUUAGAACAAUAAGAAUUUAUCGUGGUACAAUCUGCAAGAGGGAGUCUAUAUGUGUCCUGGUGCUGAUGCGCACAAAACUCUAGCUCGGUAUGUCACAGGCUACUGGAUAAUAGUUCUGCAGAUCAAGCUUACAACAACAACGAGCGGCGAUCAUCAUCAUCUCGCGUAACAUGAGUAGGAGAAAUUCUAUAGUAAGGAUUAGCUUCAUUAGACUCGCUAAUUUUUUGACAAAAUUUAAUAAAGACCGUAUAUAUGCUAUUGUUUUGAAAAAGCAAGUUGCACAGGACAGGGAUUUGUAUUUGACGGCACAUGGGUCAGGCGUAAAUGCGGGUGUAUUUUUAGUAGUAAAAGUUAGACUAACAAAGAACUUAGGCUAUACCUCAUUGGAAAAUAUCAAGACCAGCACAGCGACAACUGUGCGGGAGGGGAACCGAUCACUUUGGUUUUAUGUGUUGAGUUUUGACUUAGUGAGACAGAGAGGAAGCAUUAACACGUUUUCGGAAAAUGCGCGUCAAAUGGCGCUUAAAUUUGUUGGAUAUGGUAAAGCUUGCAGUAGCAGCAUGUUGGCGCCCGUUGCUGUUGUUGACGACUAUCAAAUAACCCAACCGUUGACUAAGGAAACAGCAGCACGCGGAAAAAGCAAAGUUAAAGUUUCACCACGGCAACGCGUUUUUUUGCUUGGCAACCCUCCAUUCAUUUUUGUAAUUCACCAUUGAGCAUUCCCAGGGGAUAAAAAAGGUUCUGGCGAGGAAGCUCUACAGGUAUAGCACAGCCGCACCCGGAAUCCAGCACUACAAACCCGGAGAACCUGUAAAAGACAGUAGAUUUUGUUUGGAUAUAGUUAUAUAUGCACACACACUCAAGGGGUCCUGUGUUCGAUCCAAGACUUUCUGGCCAGAACCAACAAGAAUGGUAGUCUAUCAAUCAAAAAAG